CGCAACCCCCUCCCGCUCGCCGCUUCCGGGGAGCCAGGCCGCCCGCACUCUCCUGUCACGGCGCCUGCGCGCGGGCCCUGGGCGGCGAGUGUGGAGAAGUCGCGCCAGGUGCUGGGCGGAAGGCGAGACCCCGGCGGCUGCCGAGCCCAACCGAUGCGCAUUUUAUUUGAUCUAAUUAUGAUGAAAAAAUGUUCAGAAAAGGGAAAAAACGACACAGCAGCAGCAGUUCCCAAAGCAGUGAAAUCAGUACUAAAAGCAAGUCUGUUGACUCCAGUCUUGGUGGACUUUCCAGAUCUAGUACUGUGGCUAGUCUAGACACAGACUCCACUAAAAGUUCAGGACAAAGCAACAGUAUUUCGGAUACUUGUGCAGAGUUUAGAGUUAAAUAUGUUGGUGCCAUUGAAAAACUGAAAUUUGAUGAGAGCAAGAGUUUGGAGGGGCCAUUGGAUUUGAUAAAUUACAUAGAUGUGGCACAGCAAGAUGGAAAAUUACCUUUUGUUCCAGCUGAAGAAGAGUUCAUUAUGGGAGUUUCCAAGUACGGUAUUAAAGUCUCAACAUCUGAUCAAUAUGAUGUUUUACAUAGACAUUCUUUGUAUUUAAUUGUGCGGAUGGUCUGCUAUGAUGAUGGGCUGGGAGCAGGAAAGAGUUUACUGGCUUUGAAGACGACAGAUGCAAGUUAUGAAGAAUGCAGCCUCUGGGUAUAUCAGUGUAAUAGUUUGGAACAAGCACAAGCUAUUUGCAAAGUGUUAUCGACAGCCUUUGAUGCAGUUUUAACAUCAGAGAAGUCUUGAAUUUUUGCAGUCGUGUGUCAUUAUACAGUACAAGAAGCCUUCAUCCCGGGAGGAAGUACUGCUCCCUCUUGUGACUAUAGGCACUCACCAAGCAUUUUGGACUGGAGACUGUAACUACUUGAAGGAUCAUUAACACUGUUCAGAGAAGAACAAUGCAACUUUGUAAAUAGAACAGAAGUUAUUUUGAUAUUUACCCUUCUGAGUGAAAAUUAGAAAUCCACAGCCCAACCAAGACUUACCUGAAGAGUCACUGCAGUAUGUUGCUGGUCUGACAUUUCAAUUCAUAUAAAACCAUGAAGCUAAUUUUAUACUAGACAUGAAGUUUGUACCAAAUAGUGGUUUGUACAUGACUAAGUAUUUUUGGAUUGCAAAAUGAAAUUUAGACACUUGCCUCAAAUACAGUCUGUGAAACAAC